AUGGCAUCUUCAGUGAAAUACAGUGAAGACCAACUAAACUACUUCAGGAUUUGUUACGUCACCACUGACAUUCUGACCGAGGGACUGCGAGAAAUCUUUAAACAAGAAUGGGAUAGUCGCUACAAGGCCACGUUAGGAGAAUGGAAAGAUGAUCCGAAAAAUGGAUUGGACUUCUGGAAUGGCGAAUCGCUACGGAACCAAAAGAAGCAUGCACGUCUAUUAACAACCAUGACUAAAGGCAAUAGAGCUGAGUGGGAUUGUACCAUGCUAUUUUACGCCAUUCUUUUCUCCGAUUGCAUCCAUAGUCUCAGUACAGUAGUUAAGUCAAAUGUGGAUAACCUUAGGCUGUUUCGGAACGAAGAGUUCGCACAUAUCGCACGAGGUCACCUCUCGGACGUAGAGUUUCAAAAUGGCAUUAGCAAAGUGGAAAAUGCAUUUUUAACUCUCGGUCUUUCCACUGCGGAAAUUCAAGACGUAAAAACUCAAACAUGUUUUCCCACAGAGCAGCUGAGACAUGUUUUGAAGAAGGUGGACGACCUCAAGCUGGAAGUUCAGGAGAAAGAGAGAGAAAUUCUGGAGAAAAACAAAAAUCUUCAAGAAAAAGAAAACGCUUUUCAGGAAAACAACAAGAAAUUGCAGGAAAAAGGAAAGGAACUUCAGGAAAAAGAAGAACAAAGGAGGACCCUUGAAGAACAGUUAAACAGCGAUGCUUCUUCAUUUUGCAUUCUUCCCCCUAAGCCUUCUCAUGAGGUCGCACCUCGACAUUCUCAUGUAUCUGAGAUUAUACAAAAGCUAAAAGAGCUAAAAAAGUCCACGGAAUUAAGUUACUUGUUCAUAUCUGGAAAUCCUGGAAGUGGUAAAUCGCAAAUGGCCUCACUCGUAGCCAAGCGUUUGCUUGACGAAGUCAAGGAAAGUGCAUCUACUGCAUCGUUCGUAAUGACACUGGAUGCUGAAAACUCUAAAACACUUUUGGAAUCGUAUGCCACUUUCGCUCGACAUCUGAGGUGCCCAGAAUACGCUGUUACCAACACCUUCAACUCCAAAGAUUUGAGUACUGAUGAGAAGAUCAGAAGUCUAAAGAAAUUGAUCAGCACGAAAAUCGAGCUGUACUCAUCGUGGCUACUGAUAGUUGAUAACGUCACCAACAUGUCUCAUCUGAGUGGUAAUUUACCUGAUACAGGAAAUGGGCAGUGGGCAAAGGGCCAGUUGCUUAUAACAACACAGGACACCACGUCUAUCCCCCCGUCAGGUUCAUUUAUUGAACAUAUCCCAGUCAGCAAAGGUAUGGAUCCUCAUGAAGCCGGCUCUCUAUUAGAAAUGCUUUCUGGUUUUACUGACCCCAUGAUGGAAAAAGAAGUUGCUAAGGUAUUAGACUACCAACCACUUGCCCUGGCAAGCGCUGCCACCUAUGUGAGAGAAGUAAGAAACAACAAAUUAACUCCGGAUUUUGGCUGGGAUGACUUUCUAAAGAAAUUGGACCAGGGGAAGAGAAGUACAACAGAAGUAAUGCUCUCUGGAAGUAACCCAAGUUACAAAAAAUCCAUGACUGCAGCUACAACACUUGCGGUAAAGAAGGCGAUCGCAACGGAUAAAGUUUUAGAGCACACUUUUCAUUUUCUUUCUGUCUGUGCACCACACCCUUUGAGUCUAGAGAUUGUUGUAAAUUAUCUUAAGAAAGUGAAUGAAGAGCGUAAAGACCCUGAGAUACUUGCUACGAGAAUUUGCAAAUGCUCUUUGCUGUUAUUUGAAGAAGAUGACAGUGGCGUCUACAUUCGAGUGCAUCAGAUUGUUCAUGACGUCAUCAAUACUGUUAUGAAAACCUUGGCCAAAAACAAAGAGCUUGAAGCCAUUGAUGGGGCCAUUCUGUCAUUCUGCCAAGUUAUAGGUCAUAUCCUGGUUGAGGAUGACUCGCAUACUCUUAUCAGAAGCAAGAAGAUUGUUCCUCACUUAGUCACAUUGAGUGAGAUAAUCGAUGCUCUAUUUUCUGAAGAGGGUAUAUCCGACGCUAUCAAAGCCGGAUCAUCCACUCCCUAUGACUACCGAAACUAUUUUGAAACCCUUGGUAAAACCUGCAAGAAACACUGUGAAUUCAGAUCAGCAUUAAUGUACUUCAACACAAUGUUGCGAUUAACUCAGUGUGACGAGGUGUUUGGUGACAAAGACGUUAUAAACGCAUACGGUUUCAUAGGUACUGUGCACCAUUCCCUUGGUGACUUGCAGCAGGCAAAAGAAUAUCAUAAUCGUGCACUGACCUUUGGUCUGAAAAAGUUCGGACCUGAACAUGUCGAUAUGGCAGAAAUUUACAAUAAUCUGGGUUCUGUGCAUCAUGAUCUUGGUGACCUGCAGCAGGCAAAGGAAUAUCAUAAUUGUGCACUGACCAUUCGUCUGAAAAAGCUCGAACCUGAGCAUCUCGAUGCGGCAAUUAGUUACAAAGAUCUGGGUUAUGUGCAUCUAGAACUUGGUGACCUGCAGCAGGCAAAGGAAUGUGAAAAUUGUGCACUCACCAUUCGUCUGAAAAAGCUCGAACCUGAACAUGUCGAUGUAGCAGAAAGUUACAAUGAUCUGGGUAUUGUACAUCAUCAUCUUGGUGACCUGCAGCAAGCAAAAGAAUGUCUUGAUCGUGCACUGACCAUUUAUUUGAAAAAGCUCGGACCUGAACAUGUCGAUGUGGCAGUUUGUUACAAUAAUCUUGGUACUUUGCAUCAUGAUCUUGGUGACCUGCAACAGGCAAAAGAAUGUCAUGAUCGUGCACUGGCCAUUCGUCUGAAAAGGCUCGGACCUGAACAUGUCGAUGUGGCAAGCAGUUACAAUAAUCUUGGUACUUUGCAUCAUGAUCUUGGUGACCUGCAACAGGCAAAAGAAUGUCAUGAUCGUGCACUGGCCAUUCGUCUGAAAAGGCUCGGACCUGAACAUGUCGAUGUGGCAAGCAGUUACAAUAAUCUUGGUACUUUGCAUCAUGAUCUUGGUGACCUGCAACAGGCAAAAGAAUGUCAUGAUCGUGCACUGGCCAUUCGUCUGAAAAGGCUCGGACCUGAACAUGUCGAUGUGGCAAACAGUUACAAUAAUCUUGGUACUUUGCAUCAUGAUCUUGGUGACCUGCAACAGGCAAAAGAAUGUCAUGAUCGUGCACUGGCCAUUCGUCUGAAAAGGCUCGGACCUGAACAUGUCGAUGUGGCAAACAGUUACAAUAAUCUUGGUAAUUUGCAUCGUGCUCUUGGUGACCUGCAACAGGCAAAAAGAAUGUCAUGAUCGUGCACUGGCCAUUCGUCUGAAAAGGCUCGGACCUGAACAUGUCGAUGUGGCAAGCAGUUACAAUAAUCUUGGUACUUUGCAUCGUGCUCUUGGUGACCUGCAACAGGCAAAAGAAUGUCAUGAUCGUGCACUGGCCAUUCGUCUGAAAAGGCUCGGACCUGAACAUGUCGAUGUGGCAAGCAGUUACAAUAAUCUUGGUACUUUGCAUCAUGAUCUUGGUGACCUGCAACAGGCAAAAGAAUGUCAUGAUCGUGCACUGGCCAUUCGUCUGAAAAGGCUCGGACCUGAACAUGUCGAUGUGGCAAACAGUUACAAUAAUCUUGGUACUUUGCAUCAUGAUCUUGGUGACCUGCAACAGGCAAAAGAAUGUCAUGAUCGUGCACUGGCCAUUUGUCUGAAAAGGCUCGGACCUGAACAUGUCGAUGUGGCAAGCAGUUACAAUAAUCUUGGUACUUUGCAUCAUGAUCUUGGUGACCUGCAACAGGCAAAAGAAUGUCAUGAUCGUGCACUGGCCAUUCGUCUGAAAAGGCUCGGACCUGAACAUGUCGAUGUGGCAAACAGUUACAAUAAUCUUGGUAAUUUGCAUCGUGCUCUUGGUGACCUGCAACAGGCAAAAGAAUGUCAUGAUCGUGCACUGGCCAUUUGUCUGAAAAGGCUCGGACCUGAACAUGUCGAUGUGGCAAGCAGUUACAAUAAUCUUGGUACUUUGCAUCGUGCUCUUGGUGACCUGCAACAGGCAAAAGAAUGUCAUGAUCGUGCACUGGCCAUUCGUCUGAAAAAGCUUCGGACCUGA